AUGAAAUUCUUAUUUACUAAAAUAAUAUUUUAAAUAUCAUUUUUAUACUUAAUUCUAGGAUUAAAUGACGAUCAAGAUUUCGCCGAAUUAAAAUUAUCAAUAAAUACAUUAGGUUUCAAUACAUUAAUAAAUAAUGUAGGAGCUAUAGUAGAUCCAUUAAUAAGCAAUAAAACAAAUUUCACCUUACCUAAUAUCAGUAUAGAUAAAAUAAUUCAUUUCGAUUUGACAAAUUUAAUGAUAAGUUAACAUACAAUAGUAUGGGACAAAUAAGCUAUUUAAUUGUCAUCUUUAAAUACAAACUAAUUAUAAUUAUAAUUAUAAUAAAUAUCAGCUAAUUUAACUGGAAAUCUUAAAUUCAAAUUUCUUUUCUUAAAUAUAGAAAGUAGAUUUACUUUAUAAAUAGAUGAAUUGGAAUUAAAAUCUAUUCUCGAAUUUACCCCAAACGCUAAAAAGUAUCCUAUUGGCUUCAGUUUAGCAUUAGAUAAAUUAAACAUAAACUACAAAUAAAUUUCUUUUGACCUACCCGACUCUCCAAAAUGGAACAAAUUCUUAAAGCCAUAAAUAUGGAUUUUAAAUAAAAUACUCCCAAACAUAAUUUCAAUAAUAGUAAAACCCAUCCUAAACUUUAAACUAAACAAGUUGUGUAAAAAACCUUUAUCUCCUUAAUUAAAAAUUGGAAAAUAUGAUUUCUAAUUUGACCUAAGUUUCCCCCAAGGAAUACAAGUAUCUUAAAAUCUACUAAAAGUUCCCCUUAAUGUUUACAAAAUUUAAAACCUUAAUACUUCAGCUUUAGUCCCUUCUUUUUAAAAAAAUGACCUACCAGACCAAUAUUAUAAAAACAACACAUAUUAAGAUGUAGAGUUAUUCCUAGGAACCGGAAUUAUUAACUAAUUGAUAUGGAUUCUUUAAAGUUCGGAAUUGGUAAAUCUUUUUAUUACAUAAGAUAAUCAUUUAAUGCAAAGUGUACCUCUUUAACUAAAUUUAAAUGGAAUGUAAUUACUUAUACCUGACUUAUAUUAAGAAUAUAUCUUAAAAAGAGGAAUGUAAAAAUAUUAAUAAGUUUAUUUAAAUAUUAGUUUACCUUAAAAUGAUCCUAAUGUAAGAAUGGUAGGAGGUAGAUUAUUAGGAAAUUUAGUCGCUUAAUUAACAUUUAUUGUUGAUACUAAUAAAGAUAGAAUUAGUCCAGUAAAAAAUUAUACUGAAUGUGGUAAAGAUUGCGAAAACGCUAUUACUUUGGAUUUAAAUUUAUAUUUCGCAGUAAAUGUCUUUAGUCCAGGAAAACUUUAAUAUGCAAUAGAUGUUUCAAAUCUUAUGGUUAUUGAUGCAAAAAAAAAUGGUGGUAUAUUGACUGAGUUUGAUCCCAAAGCUUUUAAAGAUACAAUAAAUGGAUUAGUUUAGAGUAUUUUAAAUACAAUAAAUGGAUUUUUAUUUUUAGAAUUAAUUACAGAAAAUAAUAACUGA